GACACAUCCAACGUAGUGCCACACGCGCACGACAGCAGCACUCUGACUGUAAAUUACGAUCAUCAUUUGGGCGGUCUACGUCAAUCCGCCCAGACCUAGUGUUCCACCAUCGGUACGACCACUAAUUGUCGGUCCUGCGGGCGAACCAAGUCUCGGUCAUGGCGCGGAGAUUUAUGAUCCCAUGGCUCUACGAUCUGGGCAUUUGGAUCUUCACAUUAUGUCUGGACAUUUUCUUCCGGGAAGUUUAUUCCCGGGGCGCUUGGCGCAUCCCCCGACGCGGCCCGGUGAUCAUUGUUGCCGCUCCACAUGCCAACCAAUUUGUUGACUCGAUCCUCUUGAUGCGCAUUCUGAAACAUGCGGCCACUCGCCGGAGCUCUUUCUUAAUCGCGGAAAAAUCCAUGCGCGAGCCAUAUAUUGGCACAAUGGCCGGAUGCAUGGGAGCCCUUCCCGUCGUGAGAGCCCAGGACAACGUCAAACCGGCCGAGGGUCAGAUUUAUUUACCUGAUCCGGACAAGGACCCAACCCUAGUUCGUGGGAAAGGGACCGAUUUCACCAGUAGUCUUUUCAUGGAAGGCGGUAUGAUCAUCCUCCCACGAGUGGGAAAGACUAGUCCGGAGCAGCAGGCUAUUGCGCAGAUUCUUGGACCGGAAGAAUUGAGACUGCGAAAGCCCUUCAAACAAUUCGAACCGGAUCACCCACUGUACGAUGCGCUGCGUACGGGCACUAAAUUCAAGGUUGCCCCGCAUAUCGACCAAAGCCAGAUGUUUGACGCCGUUUAUAACGAACUCAUCGCAGGUGGCUGUAUUGGAAUCUUUCCCGAGGGUGGAAGCCAUGAUCGACCCAGUCUGCUUCCAUUAAAGGCCGGUGUCGCCAUCAUCGCCCUGGGAGCUCUGGCUCGGGAUCCCAAUUGUGGUCUGUCCAUUAUUCCCUGUGGCAUGAAUUACUUCCAUCCGAAUAAAUUCCGCUCCCGCGCAGUUGUGGAAUUUGGUAACCCCGUUCACGUACAUCCGGACCAGGUCGAAGCGUUCAAGGCCGGCGGGAGCUCGAAGCGGAACGCGGUGGGAUCCUUGCUAGAGACGAUUCAAGAGGCACUCGCUGCAGUGACCCAACAAGCGCCAGACCAUGAGACACUGAUGCUCAUUCAAGCCACACGAAGGCUGUAUCGACCCCUCCGGAUGAAGCUCCCCUUACCAAUUGUCAUUGAAGUGAACCGACGGCUUCUCAAAGGUUACACUCAAUUCAAAGACGAGCCCAAGGUCCUUCAAUUGAAAAAGGCUAUAUCAGAUUACAACCGACGCCUUCACUCAUUAGGGAUUCAAGACCACCAGGUUGAAUGGGGCGACGUUAAGCACCGGCCAUGGUGGAUGGUAUUGGGCACCUUGCUUUACCGGAUUGGUGAACUUCUCACCUUAGCCAUCGGAACCCUGCCAUCUGUUGCUCUCUUCUGGCCCGUCUUUGUAACCGCUAAAGUGAUCUCGCUUAAAAAACAGCGGAAAGCUCUCGCAGGCUCUGUAGUCAAGCUUGAGGGCCGUGACGUUGUUGGAACCUGGAAAAUCCUGGUCGCGAUGGGCCUGGCGCCGGCCUUGUACACUUGGUACACCGUCGUCGUGACGACGUGGUUACAUUACUGUCGCCAUGAUGGGCAUUAUUGUGCCGCAUCACCGUGGUGGACGAACCCCAGGACUUACAUCUCCGACAGUAUUCCGCUAUGGCUCUUCGCAAUUUUCUUCUUCGGACUGAUGAUUUCCGUCACUUUUGCUGGUUUGCGGAUCGGCGAGGUCGGCAUGGACGUGCUCAAGUCACUCCCUCCCCUUCUGGUUGCCUUAAAUCCCGCCUCAGCCAACUCGCUGGCAAAGCUACGCGAGGAACGCCAGGCAUUGUCGGCACGGGUGGUGGACACGAUCGACACCUUUGCGCCCGAGAUUUUCCCAGAUUUUGAACAUGAGAAGCUUGUUCCCCAUAGCUAUCCUCAUGACGAUUCAUACCAGUCUCGAUUGAAGAGCAUUCCACCCAGUGAACCCGAAAGUCGAAACGCGAGCAAAAGCCGAGGCAGCCGCAGUCGAUCCCGGAGCGGUGGCUUCCAUCUUCAGGAGACUUUACUUAAACCUCUGACGAUCGGAUCGAAGGACGAUCUCGGCGAAGUCAACCGAAGAAUCCGGGACUCGAUGAAGGAACGAGGCCGAGAGCGUAUCCGAGCGCAAUACGACUCGGAUGCGGAUGCUGUAUUGGUAGACGGAUCCGGCAGCAGUGAAAACGGAGAUGGGGCGGAGGAGAAGAAGACCAGGUAAUCUUUCGUUGAUCUUUUUUCAAUGCUUGGUACCGCAGAGAUACCGGAAGUUGUGAAGUGACAAUGGUGAACAUGUCUAGCGUUACUUGCUUUCCUUGUACAAAUUGUACAAACGCGUAAUAAUGGUCUAUGAGCAAUUGAAUUAAUGAUUGCAUGAGUGAAGGUGAA